GCGGGUUGGGCCAGACACCAGUGAAUUUACACAGACCUACCGACUGACCGAGGGAGCGGAAAAAAAAAGUCUGGCGCAGACACACGGGUCCAAUCUCCAGGAACGGAGCGGUAAACCAUCGCAAAGUGUGUAAAGAGAAGUUCAGGUUUCGGUGUAGACCCGCUUCUCCUCGGCUUCACCUCUUUAUCUGGCAGAAACCAAUGUGGGAUAGUGAUUGGAGUUGACAAGCCCGCUCCACUACUGUAUCUCCUCUCCCCCUCCUCUCCCUCUCCAUACAACCAGGAAAUCGUCGAGGUGUGCUUUCUUUUUACCCGCUAGUUGCUACCCCGGUUUGCGGGUGUAGAUGCGCCUUUUUCCGCCGGCUUUCCUCGUUUUUUAUUUCACUAGUUUGACUUUGAAAGCCGGGCUUCAGCUCUGAAGUCAGCCAAACUUGCCGACGAGGAGAGGAUCUCCACUCUGGCCGAACAAUGAGUGAGUCGAGUAUUUGCCAGGCUCGGGCCACUGUGAUGAUCUAUGACGAUGGCAACAAGAAGUGGAUGCCGGCAGGGGCUGGACCCCAGUCCUUCAGCAGAGUCCAGAUCUAUCACAACCCCACCAACAAUGCCUUCAGGGUAGUGGGACGCAAGAUGCAGACAGACCAGCAGGUGGUUAUAAACUGUCCAAUCGUGAGAGGUCUUAAGUAUAAUCAGGCAACACCCAAUUUCCACCAGUGGCGAGAUGCCCGGCAGGUGUGGGGGCUCAACUUUGGCAGCAAGGAGGAUGCUACUCUAUUUGCCAAUGGCAUGGCUCACGCUCUGGAGGUGCUCAGCUCCAUGGCAGACGCAGGCUAUGCAACCCUCCCACGCCCGGUGACAAAUGGACCUACUCCAGAAGAGCUUGAACAACAGCGGAGGUUGGAGCAGCAGAGGCUGGAACAGCAGGAACGGGAGCGACAGGAGAGAGAAAGACAGGAGCGGGAGCGGCAGGAAAGAGAGCGACUGGAGAGAGAAAGACAAGCUGCUGCAGUCCCUAUUCCUCCAGCUCCGCCACUGGCCCCUGGAGGACCUGCUCCUCCACCGGCCCCUCCUCCACCCCCUGGUCCUCCCCCAAGUCUCGGCAUCCCUCCCCCGCCAGGACCACCUCCCUCAGGACCUCCGCCGGCCCCACCCCUGCCUGCUGCAGGAGGAGGUGGUGGCAGUGGAGGAGGAGGGGGACUAGCAGGAGGAGGCUUGGCAGCUGCCUUAGCAGGAGCUAAACUCCGCAAAGUAUCCAAGCAGGAGGAGGGAGGCUCUGCAGCUCCAAUAGGCAGAGCUGACUCCAGCCGCAGCAGCAACUCCUCUAUUGGAGGAGGAGGAGGAGAUUUGAUGGGUGAAAUGAGUGCCAUCUUAGCACGAAGGAGAAAAGCUGCAGACACUGGAGAGAAGCCACCUGCGAAGACACAAGAGAAUGAUGAUUCAGAGCCUCAAGGUCAAAGCGACACUCUGAGAAGACCUUGGGAGAAAUCGUCUAUGAUCAGGAAUAACUCCAUCCCCAAGAGCAUGGACUCCACCCCCUCAUUGUCCCAAGGUCACAGGCCGAAGCCUGCAGGUGGCAACAGCAACAGUAAUGAUGCAGGCGGAGCGGAUGACUCAGAUUUAGAGAAAAUGAAACAGGAGAUCCUGGAGGAGGUGCGAAAAGAACUACAAAAAGUCAAGGAUGAAAUUAUUGGAGCCUUUAUUCAGGAGCUACAAAAGAGAAGCACAUAGUUCUGCUGAGUGUCAGGUGUAACGGAGGGAUGCGAUAGAUGGAGGUGGUUGAGGACCGCUGGGACCUCUCCUCCACUGCGCCCUCCCAUGUAGCCCAGGGAUUUCUCUUUUUCUCCUACACAUUUUCUCCUUUCUCUCUCUCUUACACAGACACGCGUGAGCUUACUUGCUUACGUGUACAUCAUGCAUAUUCACUUCAUUUAAAUGGUAACCCAGGGAACCUCCUCACGUCGCCAUCCGGCACUUUUGAUGAUCACUCACUAAUAUUGCGGCAGUGAUCCCAUCUAUUCCAUCUCUCCCCCUGUUCAUUCAUCCCGUCCCCUUGUGUCCUCUAUGCGUUCUGUCCAUUUGAACCAAAUCAGAACACAUAGCUACAGCCACAGUUGCUCUUCCAAUAUGUCAUCAUGUACACUCAUCAUAACCCUCUUUUGUGCAGAAAUCCUGCUACUUGUGUCUUCUCCCUUCUGCUAUCAGAUGCACCAUUUACUGAUAGAGCAGUCUUCAGUAUUCAGGGACAAUGUAUUAGUCAUGUUUUUACUGUAAUAGCAAGAUGCUGGCAUGCUGGGAUCCGUUUUCUCUCCUUCUCAGUUGGCAAACAAUUGUUCAACCUCAAACACUGCUACAGAUAGUUCAGGUCAGACAUCUGGUAGUAGGUUAUUGUCUCUAAUGGUAGUUGGAGGUGGAAAAACAUUAAUCGAGGAUGGAUCAGAGAGCCCAGCUCCCUGACUACUGCAGGUUCUCUCCGUCAAGUGGACUUUCAGUUCCCAGCAAUGGCUAAGAACUAAAACAGCACAACACAAGCCUUCACUGCUGCAAGAUAGAGAAGUUUAACAGGAAGAGAAGACAAGCAAAGGGAAUCUGAUGGACAAGCUGAGUGCUGUGAAAGAGGAGUGUGUUGUAGUUUUAUGAUGAGUGAGAAGUCUUUUCUCUUUGCAUUGCACUUGUUCCAGAGGAAGUGUGUCUGUGUACUACACUGCCUUGACAGACUAUUCCCUCUCACUCAAAAUGAGAUAUUUGUUGGCCAGUGCAGUGGUCCUACACUGUGCUUCUGCUAGUUAUUUUCUUCCAUUCUAGCUAUGUUUUCUAACUUUGAAACAUGAAAAAUGGCCAUGAUGAGGUCAAUUAAUUUGGCCAUGACCAACUGCCUUGAGAAUAAAUAUAUAAAUAUAUAUAUAUAAGGAAAAAUAUAUAUUUGUUUUGAGGGAAAAUGUUAGCAAAAAAUGAAAUGGUGUUUCUAUUUUAAUUGAAAUGACUGGUGAAUGGGGAUUUUGUUUUCCUUUUUUCAAUGAUUGUUUUCUUAUGAAAUGUUAUUUUGGGUUUACUGUUUCUUUUUUCUAAUAGAGUCUAGGCUUUUUACACUGAAAUAUUAAGAAAACAGCUUAGAGACACUGGAUUAGAAAUGCCUUUAUAGUCGAAUACAGCUGCUUCUUGAAAUGCA